UAAAAAAGAGAUUGCUUUGCCUUAUGCCUUGCAGCUUGCGGCACACUACCCGUGGACUCCGUGUUUGUUUAUGUAUAGUUUUACGUAGGGAUUAUCGGUUAUAAUUAUUUUCCUGAUUACUGUGAUGAUUAGCGGUGGCCAUUAAGUAAAAUUGGUAAAAAUGCAAGCUGCGCCGUCUUUGGAAAAUGUCUACGAAGCCGUUUCGACGCUCUUCAACAACUUGGACAACACGCAAAAGGAGAAGGCCUCGGCAUGGCUAGACGAGUUGCAGAAAUCGGUUUACGCUUGGAAGAUAGCAGACGCGAUGCUGCACGAAAAGAAGGACUUAGAGUCGUGCUAUUUCGCGGCCCAAACGAUGAGAACCAAAGUGCAACUCAACUUCAACGAACUGCCCAGGGAAUCGCACGAAUCCCUCAGGGACUCUCUGAUGGAACACAUCAGCCAGGUCUCGGAGCAGACCAAUGUUGUCAUAGUUACUCAGUUAUGUUUGGCGAUGGCUGAUUUGGCGCUGCAAAUGACCUCCUGGCAAAAUCCGAUAGAGGACCUCAUUCACAAGUACAGUCAGACCAACAUGUGGCCUCUGCUUGAAAUCCUCACGGUCUUACCCGAGGAGGUGAACUCCAGAUUGCUUAGACUAGGAGCAAACCGCAGAAAUGAAGUAACUGCCGAGCUAUCAAACCAUUCCAAAAUUGUCCUAGAGUAUUUGAAGGCUUGCCUGGCACAGGGAUCGAAUAAUCACCAAUUAAAUAUAAAAGUAUUGAAGUGCUUUACCUCGUGGAUAUCGAUACAAGCCAUCACCUUGGCAGACAUCCCAGACAAUCCGAUUGUGUCUCAGGCCUUUACAAUUCUGCUUUCACACGAGGCACCAUUUAAUAUGCACGACAGUGCAACCGACUGUAUAUGUGCCCUCCUGCAACAUCUUGAGGACAACAAUAACCAACAAGAACUGGAAAUGCAAAUAGUAGACGCUGUAGUCAGACUAGACAGUAGUUACCAUAUGACUGUGGCAGAGGAAUCAACAGAAAAGUCAAUAAAUUACUGCCGGAUUUUCACUGAAUUGUCAGAAGCCAUGUUGGACAAAAUUAUUAGUGGUUCAUCAACUGGAAAACCACAUUUUGCAAUUGGUGUUUUGGAUUUGGUCCUGAUGUGUGUCGGGCACCAUGACUAUGAAGUGGCUGAAAUUACUUUCAACCUCUGGUACCGCCUCUCUGAGGAGCUCUAUGUGAAGAACAAAGAAGAUCUGAAUGCAGUUUUUUCUCCUUACGUUGAAAGAUUGAUCGUUGCUCUCUGCCGACACUGCCAAAUUGAACCUGAUCACGAGGGUUUGAUUGCCGAUGGAGAAGACUUUUCAGGCUUUCGGUUGAAAGUUUCGGAAUUGAUUAAAGAUGUAGUUUUCAUAAUUGGCUCAUCCCAUUGCUUUCGGCAAAUGUUUCUUCAGCUGCAGUCACCAGGAAUAACGUGGGACGUGACAGAAGCUGCUCUCUAUGUCAUGCAGUCUGUAGCCAAGAACAUACUUCCAGAUGAAAAGGAAGUUGUUCCGAAAGUACUGGAGGCCAUUUUAAAUAUGCCACCUGACGUUCACAUCAUGGUCAGGCACACAGCUGUCGUUCUAUUGGGAGAACUCUGCGAAUGGAUCGAAAAGAACCAUCAUACGCUUGAGCCGGUGUUGAACUAUCUGCUAGUGUGCUUGCAACACCCCCUACUUGGAUCUGCGUCCGCCACUGCGCUACAAAACAUUUGCAGCGCUUGCAGAGACCACAUGAAUGUGCACUUGGGAGGACUGUUGGAAAUCGUCCGAUCGAUGAACAGCUUCAAAAUCUCUAAUGAGGCAGCUCUUGGGCUUCUAAAGGGAGUGUCCAUCAUCAUUGGCCGCCUUCCUCCCGAGCAAAUUGACCCUGCCUUCAGGGAAAUAUGCAACUGCCAAGUUGCGCCGCUUUGUCAGUUAAUUGAGGGAGAUGGUAAAAUUGAAAAGGGCACACCAAGUGAUCCAGUUUUGUGGCUUGACAGGCUAAGUGCCAUUUUCAGGCACACAAACCCUCUGAUCGAGAGCACAAAUUCAGUGCAUCCCUGUCUCAAAGUCAUCUCAGAAGUGUUCCCAGUUCUUUCCAAAGCGCUAGAGAAGUAUCAGGACAGAAUGAGCAUCAUGGAAAGGUGCGCUAGAUGCCUUCGGUUCGCCAUCAGAUGCGUGGGAAAGCAAGCAGGCAGUUUUUUGGAGCCGCUCGUUAAACAGAUUGUGUCCCUGUACGCGGUUCACAAGCAUAGCUGUUUCCUCUAUUUGGGGAGUAUUCUGGUUGAUGAGUAUGCAACUGAAGCAGGAUGCAUCCAGGGCUUGCUGGGGAUGCUUCAAGCCUUCAUUGGGCCUGCUUUUGAGAUUAUGCAGUCACCAAGCGGACUGAAAAACAACCCUGACACGGUCGACGAUUUUUUCAGACUUUGUAACAGAUUUUUACAACGCUCACCUGUAGCGUUUCUCCAGUCUGCAUUUUUGAAUGCUGUUUUACAAUGUGCGCUAAUGGCCAGCUCUUUAGAUCAUAAAGACGCAAACUCAACCGUUAUGAAAUUCUUUCUUGAUCUCGUACAUUGUGGUCGGAGUGGAGAGAGCAAGCCAGACUUUGCCGUGAGACAGCAAUUGGUGCAAAACAUUAUGAAGGAAGGUGGACAGCUGCUGGUGCAGAGUCUGCUGCACUCUAGUGUAUUUUACCUCCAUUCAUACAUGCUGGGCGGAGUAGCUGAAGUCAUUUACGAGAUGAUGCUUCUGAACAGGGCUGAGCUUUGCGUGUGGCUGGAAGUCGCUCUGAAGUCGCUGCCACUGACAAACGCUGGAGGCCACGUCAACGCCACUCAACAGCAGCUUGUUGAGUUUCAUAAAACUGUGACAAGGGCCGAGCACAUAAAAGAUGUAUCUCAUGCGCUGAAAGAUUUUGCUCAUCUGUUUCGCUAAGGACCGUUAACUGCAACAUUUUGCUACCACUUAUCAAUUGGUAAGCGACUUUUUUAACACUUCCAGUUGGCUAAGGACUUAUCAUAUGUAGUGGAAGGAGAAAUCAAGAAGCCAAUAUUUCUCAUACAAAAAUGUUUUAUUUCGAAGACUUCAAAACGUUGUUUUGAUCAAAUUUGAAUGUAAAUUCAAGCGUUUGGGGUAAUAUGUCCAUGCAAGUGAACCUUGUGAUUGUGCUCUUUAAAGAAAUGAAACAAUUUUAGCUAAAACAA